GAACAGUUAACUAUAAAGGAAAAACAACUUGCUAAAAUAGAGGCUGAAUUACGGCAAUUAAGUAACGUUCAGGAACAAUAUAACUCAAUGAAACAAAGACUUGAUUUAUCCCGUCAUGAACUAAAUUUAGUCAAACAAAAGUUACAGCAAACAACUCACCGCGGACAACAAGAAGAAAUUAAUAAUUUGAAAUCUCAAAUAGUGGAAUUAAAGGAAAAAGUUAAAUGUAGCAAAGAGAUAGAAAUUAAGUGCAAGCAAAAAACUAAGGAAUUAGAAACUAAACUAAAAGAUGCCAGUGGAUGUAGAGAAAAGCAAUUAAAAGAAGCUGAGUCAGCAAUGAGACAAUUAAAGCAGAAAGCAGAGAAAAGCAGGGAAGGCUGGAAACAAAGAGAGCAAGAUUACGAAACCUUGAAUUUAGAAAUUUCAGAAUUAAAAAAGGGUGUAGAAAACACUCAACAACAAAUUCAAAACACAGAAGAUGUUCUUAUUAAAUUAAAGGAGCAAUUGGAGAAUAUGUCUGUUGAUGUUAAUAUUUUAAAG